AUGUCUUUGCAUCGCAGGCUGAUUCGAUUUCUUAGAAGCCCGAGUGCUGAAUCUUCUGGAGAGACUGACGUUGAAGGAGAUCUUAUAAUGGAUUCUGCUAUUGAAAUUAGUUCAGAUAGUAGUAUUAGUAGUGAUGACGAGGUACUGCCCAUUAGGCAAGAAACUAGAACCAGGAGGGAUCCCCCGUGGCAUGGUGGCAGCAGCCGUUUUUCUCAAAGGGGUUCCUCUGCGGGGAAUAGUCAAGCUAAAGCUGGACAGGCAAGUCAUGCUUCUCGCAAUGGUGAUGACGAGGUACCACAGCCCAUUACGCAAGAAACUAGAACCAGGAGGGAUCCCCCGUGGCUAGGUGGUAUAGGCAGCAGUAGUUUUCCUCAAAGGGGUUCCUCUGCGGGGAAUAGUCAAGCUAAAGCUGGACGGGCAAGUCAUGCUUCUCGCAAUGGCGAUGACGAGGUACCAGAGCCCAUUACGCAAGAAACUAGAACCAGGAGGGAUCCCCCGUGGCUAGGUGGUAUAGGCAGCAGUAGUUUUCCUCAAAGGGGUUCCUCUGCGGGGAAUAGUCAAGCUAAAGCUGGACGGGCAAGUCAUGCUUCUCGCAAUGGCGAUGACGAGGUACCAGAGCCCAUUACGCAAGAAACUAGAACCAGGAGGGAUCCCCCGUGGCUAGGUGGUAUAGGCAGCAGUAGUUUUCCUCAAAGGGGUUCCUCUGCGGGGAAUAGUCAAGCUAAAGCUGGACGGGCAAGUCAUGCUUCUCGCAAUGGCGAUGACGAGGUACCAGAGCCCAUUACGCAAGAAACUAGAACCAGGAGGGAUCCCCCGUGGCUAGGUGGUAUAGGCAUCAGUAGUUUUCCUCAAAGGGGUUCCUCUGCGGGGAAUAGUCAGGCUAAAGCUGGACAGGCAAGUCAUGCUUCUCGUAAUGGUGCCUCGAGCCAUACCUCUCGGCCAGGAGACUCUAAGAAUUUGGCAGCGAGUGGGAACAUUGCUAACUCGAGGAUUUCAGAUGCUUCUGGUGCAGAUCAUGAGAAGAUGUAUUCUCAGCAAUCUCUGAAAAGAACCCUUCCACCAUCUUUUAGUUCGCCUCCUGUGCCUUCCAGAAAUGCUAACAGUUCAAUUUAUGGCAACGGUGGUCGCUUUGGUGCGGAUUAUAGUAGUCCCGCUGUGUCAGCUGUAGGCAACAGGAGUACAUUUGGUGAUCGUUACCGUGGAGCCCAUGCUGAGAUUGGAGUUCAUCGUGACAUUAAUGGGGUUAGGAUCUUGCCUCCAUCUCUGACGCAUGGAACAUCUGGUUCUUCUUCACACUAUGCUGCUUCAAGUGACCCGGUGCACAGGAAUGGCAUUGGUCAAGAUAAGAAUUCUGAGAACGAUGAGAGACUGAUCUAUCAGGCUGCACUACGGGAUUUGAAUCAACCCAAGGCCGAACUUGAUCUACUUCCUGGUACUCUUUUAGUUCCUCUAAUGAGGCAUCAGAAAAUUGCGUUGGCAUGGAUGUUUCAGAAGGAGACACAUAGUUUGCACUGUUCGGGAGGGAUAUUAGCAGAUGAUCAGGGACUUGGUAAGACAGUCUCGACUAUUGCUCUUAUCCUGAAGCAAAAGUUUGAGUCACAAUUGAAGUCUGAAAUUUCAAGCAAUCAAGAAGCUGAAAUAUUGGACCUUGAUGCUGAUGAUGAAGCAGAAAAUGCAAAACAUGAAAAUGAAAGUCAUGUAAAACCAGAGCUCAAGGUUUCAAGCAACAGUGAGACCACGGUUCUAAGUACCGGUGAUAAUAAUGAGAAUGUCACUUCAGAUAAGGAGAAAGUCAAAGAUGAAGAAGCGAGUACUUCAAUACGGCCAUUUAACAGAAAGAGACCAGCUGCUGGUACAUUAAUUGUUUGUCCAGCGAGUAUUGUUAGGCAGUGGGAAAGAGAACUUGAUGAGAAGGUUUCUGAUGAAUCCAAACUUUCUGUUUUAGUCUACCAUGGUGGUAAUAGGACUAAGGAUCCUAUUGAGUUAGCAAAAUAUGAUGUGGUUGUCACAACUUACGCCAUUGUUGCCAAUGAAGUUCCCAAAGAGUCCUUGAUGGAUGAGGAUGAGAACGAUGAAAAAAAUACCGAGAAACAUGGUCUCUCCCCUGGCUUCUCCAGCAAUAAGAAACGUAAAGGUGCAGUGGGUGCCAGUAGGAAGAGUAAGAAAAGAGGUAGAAAAAGCAAGGAUGAAUCUUUUGACCCUGUUUGUGGUACUUUGUCUAGAGUUGGGUGGCUGAGAGUAGUGCUAGAUGAAGCUCAGACAAUUAAGAAUCAUAGAACGCUAGUGGCUAAAGCCUGUUGCACCCUUCGAGCCAAAAGAAGGUGGUGUUUGUCUGGUACGCCAAUCCAGAAUACGAUUGAGGAUUUGUAUAGCUACUUCAGGUUCCUGAGAUAUAAUCCGUAUGCCGUGUACAAGUUCUUCUACAGUACAAUCAAGGCUCCAAUUUCCAAAAAUUCUCUUAAUGGUUACAAGAAGCUUCAAGCUGUUCUAAGGGCUAUAAUGCUUCGCCGGACCAAAGGAACAUUGCUUGAUGGGAAACCCAUAAUUAAUCUACCUCCAAAGAAACUUAAUUUGAGCAAGGUGGACUUUUCAGUGGAGGAGCGGUCUUUCUACAAGAAACUUGAAGCAGAUUCACAAUCACAAUUCAAGAAAUAUGCUGCUGCAGGGACUUUAAGCCAAAACUACGCAAAUAUGCUUCUGAUGCUUUUGCGUCUACGCCAAGCUUGUGGCCACCCAGAACUUGUCAAAGGAUAUAACUCAGAUCCGGUUGGAAAAAUAUCAGUAGAAGCAGUUAAAACACUCCCUAGGGAGGCUCGAAUCAACCUGCUCAAUCGUUUGGAGUCAUCAUCUGCCAUCUGCUCUGUCUGUCAUGAUCCACCAGAAAACCCAGUUGUUACGUUGUGUGGCCACGUAUUUUGCUAUCAGUGUGUUGUAGAUUAUAUCACUGGGGAUGAGAACAUGUGCCCUGUACGGAAAUGCAGAGAAGAACUUGCUCGUGAUGUUGUCUUUUCUGAAGCUGCCCUUAGAAAUUGCAUCACCAAUGAUAUAGGCUGUAGUUCUUCACACGAUAAAGGUGUUGAUAGAUCAUUUUUUCAAGAAACCGAGUUUACGUCAUCAAAAAUCAAAGCGGUCCUAGAUAUCCUGCAGUCGCUUUCCAAACAAGACAGUCGAAACUCAGCACAGCAUGGUCAAAUGCCUUCUUCGUCACAGCCAUAUGACGAUGACGAUGUAAGCAUUGUAGAGCCAAUGACUCUUCACCCGUCUUCACCUAGCCAGAGACCAAUAAAGACGAUAGUAUUCUCUCAGUGGACUCGUAUGCUUGACUUGGUUGAGCUGUGCUUUUAUGAAAAUGGUAUAGAAUUCAGAAGAUUAGAUGGUACAAUGAGUCUAACAGCAAGAGACCGGGCUGUAAAAGAAUUCAGCAAUGAUCCAGAUGUAGAGGUGAUGCUGAUGUCUCUGAAAGCUGGAAACCUUGGGUUGAAUAUGGUAGCAGCAUGUCAUGUUAUUCUUUUGGAUCUUUGGUGGAAUCCAACAACCGAAGAUCAGGCUAUUGAUCGUGCACAUCGUAUUGGACAAACUCGGCCAGUUACUGUAACUCGCAUUACUAUAAAAGAUACAGUUGAGGACAGAAUUUUGCGUCUUCAGGAAGAUAAAAGGGAAAUGGUUGCAUCUGCGUUUGGUGAAGAUCAUGGUGGAAGCUCUGCGACUCGACUGACAGUAGACGAUCUCAGAUAUCUUUUUAAGGUGUAGACAGGUCAUUGUAUCCCCAUAGUUCUUGGUUAGGAAGAAACCUCUAGCUGCAUCUGUUAUUGCACUUCAAUACUGUGGCCUCUCGUAGGAUUUCGUGUUUUGGUUUUGUGAGGCUUGAAGUCAGUCUAGGUUUUUCUGUAUUUCGGAGGUAAAUCGAUUGGAAACAUGCCAUAUGUGAAUAACUAAAUCGUUUCAUGGUGUAUAUACCGCCUAGGAGUUUAACGACGGUAAAUCUAAAGGAUUUGAGUUGUGAUGUAUUCUUGGCUCCUGUCAUUUCCAAGCAAUCUUUCCAGCUUGUAGGUCCAC